AUGGCUGGAAUUACUCCUUCUCCAGAUGUUAGUCCCGUGUCAGCAGCGACCACUAAUGGAGGCUUCCCACGCGACGCCUUCUGCCUCAAUCUCUCCGCUUUGCCCGACGCAAAUACCUUUAUCCUCAAGUCUGCCCUGACGUCCCCUCACCUUCUCGACUCCCCGAAUGGAUUGUUCCCUGGAAGCGUUGGUCUGAGUAAUCCCUUCAAGAAGCGGCCCCGCAACAUGUCUCAAUCCUCUGGUACAGACCGGGAAAUGUCCAAUGAUAAUACCCCACCCGCGUCAAAUGGAAUCGCACCUACUAGCAAUGGUACCAACGGCACGAGCACCGAACCACGACCGAGCACAAAGAAGCGACCAAGUACCGACACGAUAGACUACCCGCGCCGGCGUGCGACGAUCGCUUGCGAAAUAUGUCGGUCACGGAAAAGUCGAUGCGACGGAAACAGGCCAAAGUGCAGAUUGUGUACCGAGCUGAAUGCCGAGUGCAUAUACCGAGAGCCGGGCAUUAAGCUGGACGCAGGCGACAAGCUGAUCCUAGAGCAUUUGAACCGCAUUGAGGGCCUUUUACAAUCUGGCAUCACUAGUAACUUCUCCUUAUCGUCACAUUCGCCAGCCGCGAGCAAUUCCACCAGCGAAGAUUUCCUUGCCCGUAGCACCGGCAAUAUACCCCAUCUCGGCAUGGUACAGCCGAUCAACGGCAUAGGAACAUGGACCAACCACCCGUCAAACAUCUCGACCAUGCCGAAAACCCACAAUACUGCGGCACUCAAUCUUCUGUCAUCUCCCAUGAUCAGAGAGCUUGUGUCUCGCCAAUAUGACGCCAAGCUUCUUCUCCAGCUCGAGAUGACUCGGGAGUCAGUAAGCCUUGGAACGAGCCGCGGGUUGGAUCUCUCGAAUACUGGCGCGUACGUGCAGGCAUACUUUGAGAGAGUAAAUGUCUUCUAUGCGGUCGUAAAUCCAUAUACAUGGACCAGUCACUACCAGACCGCCCUCAGCCAUGGUUUCCGAGAUGGGCCGGAAAGCUGCAUAGUUCUUCUCGUCCUUGCGCUGGGUCAUGCUGCAAGCACCGGUAGUAUCACACAACAAAACCCAGAAAAGGAUCCUCCAGGCCUGGCAUACUUUACCGCAGCAUGGAAUCUAUUGCCGACCGUCAUGACAAGAAACAACAUGGUAGCUGCGCAAUGUCAAAUCCUCGCUGCAGCAUACUUGGUGUAUCUUGUACGCCCAGUCGAAGCAUGGAACGUAUUAUCGGGCGCCAGCAUGAAGUUGCAACUCCUUCUAAGCGCGCCUGGUCGCGUGUCUCCAGCGGAAGAGGAGUUGGGCAGAAGAGUGUACUGGAAUGCUGUCAUGAUCGAAAGCGACCUGCUAGCAGAGCUUGAUCUUCCCCAUUCCGGCCUCGCACAGUUUGAGGAAGGCUUUGCAUUGCCGACCGGAUUCGAAGAUCUAGGAACAGAAGCAGUCGGCCGAGAUGAGCUGUGGUAUUUCCUUGCAGAGAUCGCCCUCCGGAGACUACUCAACCGCGUGAGCUCCAUGCUCUACAUCAGAACCACACCGUAUUCCAAAGGUCCAGCUGCGACAUCCAUCGCGCAACUAGAUCCGUUAGUUGUAGAACUUGACUACCAGCUGAACCAAUGGUACGCCGGGCUGCCGCCAGCCAUGCAGUUCCCGCUCGACAGAGUGCCUUUGCAGAACCCGGUUCAGACUGUUCUAAGACUGCGCUACUUCGCAUGCCGCACCAUUAUAUUCCGUCCAUACGUGCUUUUGGUCUUGCAGGACGAGACUUUGGCCAUGGAUUCGAGUGUACAAGAUAAUUGCCACAAAUGCCUCGAGGCAUGCGUUCGUCAACUGGAGUACAUCACUGCGCACCACGCUGGGCACCUGCCUUAUCUCUUCCAGGGUGCUCUCUCCAUCAUCUCGCAGACAUUGCUUAUUAUGGGUGCGACAAUGACUCCUUCGCUAUCUCAGCUGCUCCCUCCACCAGCGACCAUGGACGACAUCAUCAACAACGUUGUUCUCGAAAUGGAACGAUACGCCCACCUCGCACCCAGCUUGCAGCUCUCCGCCGAGAUCAUCCGCGAAGCCGAAGGAAAACGGCAGAUGUGGCUACGAACAGCAGGACUCAAAUUCGACGUUUGACUCUGAUCUCGCAGUACCAGAGUGCCACCCAGUACGAGACUCCGACUGUGGAUCCUCCAAAGCAGGAAAGGUACAACGCAGAUCCACAUGCUUGCCAUGUCUUUGUAGCUGAAGCUACCUUCCAAUUCUGGUAGCCUCCGUGUACACAUGGAUCAGAAAGUCGAGCGACGAUCUCACGCGACAGCGACUAUCAUCUACUCGACACAUGCGGCGCUUCUCGACGAACCCAUUUCUGGGUCCAGCACAGACCUUCAUCUCCAACAUCCUGCAUCGGGCGUCGUGACAAACAAGUACUAGGUCUCCAUGAACCAGGUCCUCACAUCUGCCGUACUCCGAGUGUACAUGCCGAGAGUGAUUGGCGAGUCACUGCUCCAUAUGGGGCAGUUUGGCACGACACAGUGUCUGCAUUGGUAUCCAACGACAAUCAGUUCUCCACGGAG